AUUGGUGAGUGAUUGACGUGUCGGGUGGCGUUUUGGCUUUACUGCUUUUUCUGUAAAAUCAAGUACAAAACUUAGAUAAUUUCAAUCAUCUACGAUGAGUCGCCGCGACAAAAAGGAAGACGAGGAUAGUGGUUUUCAGAAUUUGGACAAAACUACCCUUUUGCAAGAGGCAAGAUAUUUUAACUCAACACCAGUUAUUCCGAGAAAAUGUAUACAUAUCCUUACAAAAAUCCUAUAUUUGCUAAAUCAAGGGGAAAAACUAACUACUCAAGAAGCUACUGAUAUAUUUUUCGCAACUACUAAGUUGUUUCAAUCGAAAGAUGUGGUGUUACGCCGACUGGUAUACCUAACCAUAAAGGAGCUUAGUUCCAUGGCACAAGAUGUGAUUAUUGUGACAUCAUCUCUUACUAAAGAUAUGACUGGCAAGGAAGAUUUGUAUAGAGCUGCUGCCAUUCGCGCUUUAUGCACAAUUACUGACAGCACAAUGUUACAAGCAAUUGAGCGCUACAUGAAACAAGCCAUAGUAGACACGAAUCCUGCAGUGAGCUCUGCUGCUCUGGUGUCAGCUCUUCACUUAUCGGCUGCAGUACCCGACCUAGUACGUCGAUGGGUGAUGGAGGCACAGGGUGUCAUCACAUCCGACAAUGCAAUGGUGUCAUACCAUGCUUUAGCAGUAGUUGCAGGAGCUCGUCGCAAUGACCGCCUCUCCACUGUGAAACUUGUAACAAAACUGGCUCGGACACCACUCCGUUCACCUUAUGCACUUUGCCUCCUUAUUCGUUAUGCCGCGAAAUUAGCUGAAGAGGACCAAACUGAUGCUUCAGAACCUUAUGUGGACUUUAUUGAAUCCUGCUUGCGUCACAAGUCUGAGAUUGUAGUUUAUGAAGCUGCACAUGCAAUUGUAAAUUUGAGAAAAUCUGCUCGUGAUCUUGCUCAAGCUGUUUCUGUUCUGCAAAUAUUUUGUGGUUCUUCUAAGGCAACAAUGCGCCUAGCUGGUGCGCGGACAUUAGCUAAACUAACAGCAAAACAUCCAAAUGCAGUAGCAGCCUGUGCAGUUGACUUGGAAAAUUUAAUUUCGGAUCCAAACCGCUCUGUUGCAACUCUAGCUGUUACUACUCUUCUAGCUACAGGAGCUGAGAGUUCUAUUGAUCGUUUAAUGAAACAGAUAUCUAGCUUCAUGUCAGAGAUUUCAGAUGAAUUCAAAAUCGUAGUAGUACGGGCAAUUAGGCGCUUGUGCUCUAAGUACCCACGUAAACAUCAAUCACUUGCAUCUUUUCUAGCUGGUAUGCUUCGUGAUGAGGGAGGAUUGCAGUAUAAAACUGCUAUUGCUGAUGCAAUUAUUGCUCUCGUGGAAGAAAAUCCUGAUGCAAAAGAGACAGGCUUGGCACACCUAUGUGAAUUCAUUGAAGACUGUGAGCAUGCGUCGUUAGCUGUGCGCAUAUUGCAUAUUUUGGGUCGUGAGGGACCAAAAGCUCGUCAGCCAUCCAGAUAUAUUCGAUACAUAUAUAAUAGAGUGAUUUUGGAAUCUGGCCCAGUACGUGCUGCCGCUGUUUCUGCUGUUGCUCGUUUUGGAGCUGCUCGUCCAGAAUUGCUUCCUAAUAUAAGCGUACUUUUGGCUAGAUGUCAAUUAGAUGAUGAUGAUGAAGUACGUGAUCGUGCGAUAUAUUAUAGCGCAAUUUUGGAUUCUGGUGAUGCUCAACUCAUCAAUGACUAUAUUAUUAACGUACCGAUACCUAAUCCUGUGCUCCUGGAAAGAGCAUUACACGAUUAUCUUAAUUCUGAUGGUGAUUUGUCCGAACCUUUUAAUUUGGCCACCGUCCCUAUUAUGGCUGAGGAGACACCAGAGCCAAAGGAAGCUCCAGUUGAAAUCGAAUCACGAGCACCGAUCGUUUCUCGUGAAGAGCAAUAUGCUGAUCAAUUAAAAAUCAUUCCUGGCAUUGAAAAACUUGGACCAAUAUUUAAAACAUGUGAGUCUAUUGACUUGACUGAACCAGAAACAGAGUACCGUGUCCAAUGCGUAAAACAUAUUUUCGCUCGUCAUUUGGUCUUACAAUUUGAAUGUUUGAAUACAUUGAGCGAUCAACUUCUUAAGAAAGUUCAUAUACGGUUAGAAGCUGCCCCUGGUUACAAAAUGCUAACUGAAGUUCCUUGCGAACAAUUGCCUUAUGACAAACAAGGCAGUGUAUUUUGUGUUCUUGAAUUUCCUGAAAAUCCAAUUGAAACUCUGGGAACCUUUGGCGCAACAUUGGAAUUUGUGGUUCAUGAUUGCGAUCCGACAACUGGUUUACCAGAUUCAGGAGAAGGAUAUGCCGAUACUUACCCAUUAGAAGAAAUAGAAGUGAGUUGCGCUGAACAAUUCAGGACACGCGCAGCUUCGGACGACUGGGAAGCAACUUGGGACAGGGCUGUUUCUGCAGAAGAAGCUUGCGACACUUUUGGUCUAUCUCAGUCCGACGUUGGGGAAGCUGCUAAAGCCGUAUGUGAACACUUAGGGCUACCGAAGGGUGCCAUAUCAGGAGAUGCAGUGAAAGAAAUCCGCGGUGGUGGUAUUUGGCGCGGUGGUACCCCGGUACUCGUUAGAGCUCGGCUGGUCAUGACUGGAGGCGCGGUAACUAUGCAAUUAACAGCCCGCUCGCCUCGCGAAGAUAUUGCUACUUUAUUGUUGGCUGCCGUCGGUUAGUGUUAUUUAAGAACUAUUCGUAAUCUUAAUGUUAGCUCGUGCCUUUCUUCAAAUAACCAGAGUGAGUUUGAAAGCGAAACACCGUUCAGCAAAUUAUCGUUCCUUGCCACAGCUUUAGUUUUGAAGACUAUUUCCAUGGUGGUAGGCUUUGGCCAACGUCCUUAUGACCACCCACCGAGGAAAAACGUCCCGGUAAGCGGCCUAAACGUGUUCCUCCACGAAGCUCGGUGACGUCGAAUGAGGGGAUGAGUUAAAGUGGGUGUUCCAAUUCUGGCAUCGGGCGGCCAGUCGUGGAGGGUAGCAGGAUCCGACGCACUGCUGGCCGACCGCGGAUAGUUGUGAGCCCAAGUAACGUGCUAGUCACAAAUGAAAGGAACAGCCUUUCGAAAAAUCUCAUGGGUACGCAAUCGUGCCAGUUGGCGACCGGAGGAGAGGGUACGAUGGAUACCCGUUUGGGGGCUCGGGCGUCCCCGCAGUCUCCAGGCUGGCCUCGUAAUGAUGUAGCUAACAGCGUAGCAGUGCGCGUCUGUGGGUCGUCUCUGUGAAAACUACCAUCUCUUCAGCAACCUUUCUUCACUUCCUAAUAUGUCAAAUCCACAACCAUCUUGAGACUGGGAACCUACCAGCCUGUUUCUUUCGAAGACCCAAAUCAGAUAUCCGUCCGACGUAUGUUAUUUAGUUAGGCUACCCGGGGUACUCCCUGGAGCACAAAUUCGUUCCACGUGCUGGUGUAAACAUAUACGUUCGCGACGGCGUCUGUUACCGGCUUACUCCAACUUGUCUAUUCUCUGGAUACUGGUAGAUGUUGGAAUGAAAAAGAUUCUUUAUGCCUGUGUCUUUCGGUUACAUAACGGAGACGACCCGGCGGGUACAACGUCUUAGUGAGGCGUCUUAACUGGUGUUACUGGGUAACUUCAUUGCCCAUCGCCAGGAGUGGAAGUUCGAAUCCAAAGCCUCGUACACAGCUUCAAAGCCUUUCGGUCUUCUAUCGGAUAAAUUUCGGUGAGUGUGCGUGGGAAUUGUACAACCUUAUUCCCCCUAGUUCGUUUCACCAUCGUACUACCAUACAAACAGCAGGGCGCCGCCCUACAUGGAUAUUCCACCCGUUCGCACAAAGCGUUUCGCAUCGCGUUUUAUCGUGCAAACGGCUGAGGAAUGGAAUUUCUUGCCAGAAACUGUUUUCCGACAAAUACAACUUCAAGUCCCGAGUAAACAGGUUGCUUAUACGUACAAGUUAUUAUGGUACGCCUACCUAGGCGUGGUCCAUCGUCGGCCACAUCAACGCUUACCACCAGGCGAGAUGGUGGCCAAACGUCAUCCUAUCAAGUAUAAAACAAGUACACAUAGGUACUGUCAGCAAAAUUAAUACAAAACUAUUAAAUUAGACAAAAUUCUUUGUUGUUUUGUGUUACUAAAAAUUACUUGCUAAAACUCACUCUGCUAAAUGUUUAUUACAUUAUAUCAUUGUGAGUAGUAUAUGAAUGUUAUAUUAUAUAUUAUACCUACCUACAGUAACUGUUUUUAUCUUUGCUGUCAUAUUACUACAUAAUAUUUAAUUGUUGUCAACUAAUUCAAGGAACUUCAUAGAUGUACAUGAAUUUUAUGUAUUUGAUAUUGUGUACUAUAUAAAUGUCCUUACCAUACGUCUAUUUA